UCCUUCACCCAAAACAACCAAACCAGUAAGAAAGCGAGACUUACAUACAAAGAAGCUAGCUAGGAACCAUGCACCCAACCAUGGCGCUCGCACGCCGGAGGCCUGCCUGCCUCCUAGCCCUCCUCUCAAUCCUGGCAGCCUCAUUCCUGGCCGCGCCAGCAGCGGCGGCGGGCAAGACCGGGCAAGUGACGGUGUUCUGGGGCCGGAACAAGGACGAGGGGUCCCUGCGUGAGGCCUGCGACUCCGGCAGGUACACCAUGGUCACCAUGUCCUUCCUCGACGUCUUCGGCCACGGCAAGAAGUACCACCUCGACCUCUCCGGCCACGACCUCAACGCCAUCGGCGCCGACAUCAAGCACUGCCAGUUCAUCGGCGUGCCCGUCUCCAUCUCCGUCGGCGGCUACGGCACCGGCUACUCGCUCCCGUCCAACCGCUCCGCGCUCGACCUCUUCGACCACCUCUGGAACUCCUACUUCGGGGGCUCCAAGCCCGGCGUGCCCCGCCCGUUCGGCGACGCGUGGCUCGACGGCGUCGACCUCUUCCUCGAGCACGGCACGCCCGCGGACCGGUACGACGUGCUGGCGCUGGAGCUGGCCAAGCACAACAUCCGCGGCGGGCCGGGCAAGCCGCUGCACCUGACGGCGACGGUCCGGUGCGCGUACCCACCGGCGGCGCACGUCGGGCGGGCGCUGGCGACGGGGAUCUUCGAGCGCGUCCACGUCAGGAUCUACGAGGGGGACGACAAGGCGUGCAACGUGUACGGGGCGUGGCAGGACGCGUGGGACAAGUGGACGGCGGCGUAUCCGGCCACCAGGUUCUACAUCGGCCUCACGGCGGACCAGAACUCGUACCAGUGGAUACACCCCAAGAACGUCUACUACGGCGUCGCGCCCGUGGUGCAGAAGAAGGACAACUACGGCGGAAUCAUGCUCUGGGACAGGUACUUCGACAAGAAGAGCGACGACUACGGUAGCUUGAUCAAGAGCUACGCUUGAGCUACUCAGCUACAUCCUGCAUCGCGUCGUUUCCUAGUGGUGUAACAAUAAAUUGUGGUGUUUGUGGUAAUUGUAAGAAUAAAGUGAGACCUGUGAAUAUACAGGUUAUGGUUUAA